AUGAUGGCGUUAAACGCAUGUUGGAAUUUUCGUGUUGGACAAGAAUUUUUGGAGAACGUUGCAUGGCCUUCUGUGUUGCGUAAAUCAGCUCAUGAUCGGUGUUAUUGUCAGCGAUGUUACUCAUUUGACCGCCGCGAUACAAUCGCUGUCGCUGGUUAUACGUAUGUCAUUCCACGCGGAUGGACUCGUUUCGCUGUUGAUGAAAUCUUCUUCAAUCAUCACGAUGUGUGGAAAACAUGGCUCAAUUGUUAUCAUGGAACGAGCAUUGAGAGUGCUAAAUCCUGUGUCGAACAUAGACAGUUACUGUUGCCUUCUGAUGUUACGAUGCAUGGAAAGAAACUAGAAAUACGCGAAGGCCACGUUCCCGGAGAACAUUAUGUUUUUACAACACCGUCGAUCAGUUAUGCUGCACUGGAUUGCUAUGCUCAUACAUAUGAUUUUAGAUCGCCUUAUGAUUCAAAACUCUAUACUAUAAAAGUAGCAUUGCAGUGCAAACAAAAGGCUGAUUCAAUCCUUGUUCAACCAGAAACAGUUGGCGCACGGGUGCCAGUUGAGCCGAGAAGAAUCGUGAGAGACCCAUCACCAAGUAGAACUGCAGAGACAACAAUUCCUAUUCCGUCGCGCGCAGAGCCGAAGAGCGAAGAUACCACAAAAAAGUGUUCAAUAAUACGAGAUGACAUAGUCUUUUUGGUCUUAUUUAUAAUUGUAAAUUUGUUACCGAUAGCUCUUCUAAUUGUGGGUCAAAUCCACAAAUACGAUUGUCCAGUUGAACCCUGGAUUCCACAAUGGAUGACAAUUUUCGGAGCUGUUAGUAUAGGUUCUUUUAGUGUCAUGUUGGUUAUGGGAUCUAUAGCAUCGAAAUGGCGUUCUCCUUAUGCAACUGUUGGAGUCGCUGUUAACCUAAUCUUCAUGGAAAUUUUGCCGGUAUUCUUUUUUGGAGGUAUCUGGGUAUUUCCGGUAAAAUCGAAAGUUCAACAUGAUCAACCUAAUGAAGUAAACUAUUGUGAAGGAAAUCUAUACAAGUUCGCAUUUGGAUUUCUAAUUACCAUAUAUGCACUGAUUGUUCUUGUUCCUCUAUGCAUUGGUAUCGGGAAGCUAGUCGAGAAACUACGAAAAUGCAUAUAA